CUCCUGGCUGUGGUUUCUUCAAUCCACUUGACUGACCCAGUGAGUCAAGAUGAAGGUCGCUGUCCUCUUGUUCGUGGUCUUUUUAGGCCAGUCACUUGCUUUGAAUGGUCGUUUUCCACCUCCUACAGGAAGCUCAUUACCUCCACCUACAGGAAGUCCACCACCAGGUGGCCUUCCACCUCCAGGUGGACGACUUCCACCACCAACAGGUGACCUUCCACCACCUCCAACUACGCCUGCAUUAGCGAAACGACAACUUUUCUCUCCACCGCCACCUACCGGAAGUCCUCCACCUCCACCUACCGGAAGUCCACCACCUCCACCUACCGGAAGUCCACCGCCUCCACCACUAGGUGGCCGUCUUCCACCACCAGGUGGACGUCUUCCACCCCCAGGUGGCCGUCUUCCACCACCAACUGGUGACCUUCCACCACCUCCAACUACACCUGCAUUAGCGAAACGACAACUUUUCUCUCCACCUCCACCUACUGGAAGUCCACCACCUCCACCUACCGGAAGUCCACCACCUCCACCUACCGGAAGUCCACCGCCUCCACCACUAGGUGGCCGUCUUCCACCACCAGGUGGCCGUCUUCCACCCCCAGGUGGCCGUCUUCCACCACCAACAGGUGACCUUCCACCACCUCCAACUACACCUGCAUUCGCAAAACGAGAACUUUUCUCCCCACCUCCACCAACCGGAAGUCCACCACCUCCACCUACCGGAAGUCCACCACCUCCACCUACCGGAAGUCCACCGCCUCCACCACUAGGUGGCCGUCUUCCACCACCAGGUGGUCGUCUUCCACCCCCAGGUGGCCGUCUUCCACCACCAACUGGUGACCUUCCACCACCUCCAACUACACCUGCAUUAGCGAAACGACAACUUUUCUCUCAACCUCCACCAACCGGAAGUCCACCACCUCCACCUACCGGAAGUCCACCACCUCCACCUACCGGAAGUCCACCGCCUCCACCACUAGGUGGCCGUCUUCCACCACCAGGUGGCCGUCUUCCACCCCCAGGUGGCCGUCUUCCACCACCAACAGGUGACCUUCCACCACCUCCAACUACACCUGCAUUCGCAAAACGAGAACUUUUCUCCCCACCUCCACCUACCGGAAGUCCACCACCUCCACCUACCGGAAGUCCACCGCCACCACCCACCGGAGGUUCACUACCCCCGCCUACUGGUAGCCCGCCAUCUCCACCACCGCCUCUAAGAAAACGUCAAUUUAUUUUCCCAUUCCCUGGAAACUUUUCUACCGGAAACAUCUCUUCACUGUUCAUCCCUCCAAACGUUUCUCUUCCUACCGGUCUCUUACUGCCACCUCUCCCUCCACCAAGUAACAACGGUGGAUUAUAUCCACCACCUCCCCCUCCACCUAGUAACAACGGCGGAUUAUAUCCACCACCUCCCCCUCCACCAGGUGCACUCAACGGAACAGAUUUAUUCAACUCCUCAUUCCUUCUUCUUCUUAAUGGUACUGCUCCAUUAGGAUUUCCAUUUCCUCCACCAAACGGCCAGCAACCUCCACCACCUCCACCAAACGGCCAGCAACCUCCACCACCUCCACCAAAUGGCCAACAGCCUCCACCACCUCCACCAAACGGCCAAAGGCUUCCACUACAAUCGCCUCCACCUUCGGGGUCAGGUUUUCAGAGAUAUCCACCUCCUCCACCACCAGGCGGACAAAGAUACCCCCCACCACCUCCUCGAUUCGGACGUCGUAGAGCGCCCUCUAGAGGUAACUCUGGUUUCACGCGAGAGCCUGAAAGAAUCGUACAAGAAGGCAACGACCGAGGCAAUGAAUCUGCAGAAGAAGGACGCCCUGAGACUCAAUCAGAAUAAACAAGACACAAAGAAACAGUACUACGAUUUGUGUUACAGAUGAUGAUUUGAAUGAAAUAAAUCAUAUGAAAUAUGUU